AUGCAAACAUUAAGUAAGGACACCCCCACACGUAGCAGUACACCAUUUAUAACGUGCGACAAUGAUAUAUUUGACGUACACACCAUUGGUGACGGUACAGUUUCCGGUACAUUCUACAAGGCUGGUGAUGUGGCAAAGCUCGUUGGUGUAGUAGGGGCAAAGGUUGUGAAGGCAUCAGUUGACGAUGAGUUAUGUUUUCGUUUCGGAUCGGACGCGAGUGACCCUGUCUACAUUUCCUUGGAUGGGCUCAUUCAGUACAUGUUCACAAGUAGAAAGGCCAGGAAGGGACCGUACGGAAAGUGGAUGAUGGACAUCCUACACCCAUUCAUGCAGCGCGACGACGUUGCAAUUAUCGAGCUAGCUAAGGAGUCUCUAUCCAAGACCAUCCCACCAGAAGUGGCUGUCUGCUUCGAAAUGGGAAUCUACCUCAUCCUCGUCGGGACCGUGGGGCAGUUGCAGGCCAAGUGCACUGUACCCACUGACGCAGACGACAACCACGUCGUGGUCAAGCUCGGUAUGUCCAAAACAAGUAUCAUGCGUCGACUGACUGCACAUGAAGGUAAGUUCCCCGGUGCGGAACGUCUGGCUGUUAUAUACAUGCCCGCUGAACUGGCUUCCAAGGCCGAGAAGGCAGUCAAGGACUUUUUCCACGAACUCCACGACGCGAAGCCGUUCAUGUACGAGGGGCAGACGGAAGUGUUUUCUCUUCCACACGAAAAGCUCCAGAGUAUAGUGGGGCACUUUACCGACAUUGCGAAGGAAGUUGGGAGCGUGAAUGUGAAACACAGUUUGUCUCAUACCAUCGAGACACUCAAGCUGAACCUCGAGCACACAUCGGAUAUUAUGAAAACUCUGGAGGAAGACAAAGUGUCCUUGAAGGAAGAGACUACCAUGUUGAAGGACGAGAAGGCCCUCUUGAAGGAGGAGAACGCGCGUUUGUCACAUCGCUUGAACUUGAUCUCUGAACGUCGUGAUGACGAUCAAUACAAGCACGCCGAAGAAUUGAGAGAUAUCAGAACCAAACUUGAUCUGGCCAACGUGCAAAUUAUGAGGCUCGGUAUGACUGCACCAAUGCGUAAACGCCUCCGACUUGACGAUUAG